UAGAGAAUGAGUCAGGGCCGGGGAGCUCAGCCUUUGGAAAGGAGGGGAGAGCUAGGACAGCGCAAGGCCACGGCAGCUGGAGCGGCUUGAAGAUGCAGGCAGCUUGGAUGACCCCGAACGUGAGGCGGCAGCUACUGAGAUUAGGGGGCCGAAGGUCUCAGCCCAGUGCUGUUUUCGGGCAGGCCCGGCCCGGCCUUGCCCAGCGACCCUAUGCUAGUGGCAGCACGCAGGAGUCUAAGUCCUUUGCUGUGGGGAUGUUCAAAGGCCAACUCACCACUGAUCAGGUGUUCCCAUACCCGUCCGUGCUCAACGAGGAGCAGACACAGUUUCUCAAAGAGCUGGUGGGGCCUGUGGCCCGUUUCUUUGAGGAGGUGAAUGAUCCUGCCAAAAAUGACAUUCUGGAGCAAGUGGAAGAGACCACUUUGCAAGGUCUUAAGGAGCUUGGGGCCUUUGGUCUGCAAGUGCCCAGUGAGUUGGGCGGUUUGGGCCUCUCUAACACCCAGUAUGCUCGCUUGGCAGAGAUCGUGGGCAUGCAUGACCUUGGUGUGAGCGUUACCCUGGGGGCUCACCAGAGCAUCGGUUUCAAAGGCAUCCUGCUCUUUGGCACGAAGGCUCAGAAAGAAAAAUAUCUCCCCAAAGUGGCAUCUGGGGAAGCUUUGGCUGCUUUCUGUUUAACAGAGCCCUCAAGUGGCUCAGAUGCGGCUUCCAUCCGAAGCUCAGCUCUGCCUAGCCCCUGCGGAAAAUAUUAUACCCUUAAUGGAAGCAAGAUUUGGAUCAGUAAUGGGGGCCUGGCAGACAUUUUCACAGUCUUUGCCAAGACACCAGUUACAGAUGCAGCCACGGGGGCUGUGAAGGAGAAGAUGACAGCUUUUGUGGUGGAGAGGAGCUUCGGAGGUGUUACCCAUGGGCCCCCUGAGAAGAAGAUGGGCAUCAAAGCCUCCAAUACAGCAGAGGUAUACUUUGAUGGAGUGCAGGUGCCUGCAGAGAAUGUGCUAGGCGAGGUGGGGAGUGGCUUCAAGAUUGCUGUGAACAUCCUCAACAAUGGAAGAUUUGGCAUGGCUGCAACCCUUGCAGGCACCAUGAAAUCCAUCAUUGCUAAAGCAGUGGAUCAUGCUACUAAUCGUACCCAAUUUGGGGACAAAAUUCACAACUUUGAGCUGAUCCAAGAGAAAUUGGCCCGGAUGGCUAUGCUGCAGUAUGUGACUGAGUCAAUGGCUUACAUGUUGAGUGCCAACAUGGACAAGGGAUACACAGACUUCCAGGUAGAGGCCGCCAUCAGCAAAAUCUUUUGCUCGGAAGCAGCCUGGAAGGUGACAGAUGAAUGCAUCCAGAUCAUGGGGGGGAUGGGCUUCAUGAAGGAGCCUGGGGUAGAGCGUGUGCUCCGAGAUACUAGAAUUUUCCGGAUCUUUGAGGGGACAAAUGACAUUCUCCGGUUGUUUGUGGCUCUGCAGGGCUGUAUGGACAAAGGAAAGGAACUCUCUGAGCUUGGCAAUGCGCUAAAGAAUCCUCUUGGGAAUAUUAGCCUCCUACUAGGAGAGGCAGGCAAGCAGGUGAAGCGGCAGGUAGGGCUGAGCAGCGGCCUGAGUCUCAGUGGAGUUGUCCACCCAGAGUUGAGUCGAAGCAGCAAACUGGCAGUGAAGGCUCUGGAGCAGUUUGCCACUGUGGUAGAGGCCAAGCUGAUAAAGCACAAGAAAGGGAUUGUCAAUGAGCAGUUCCUAUUGCAGCGUCUGGCAGAUGGAGCCAUUGACCUCUACACCAUGGUGGUGGUUCUUUCCAGGGCUUCAAGAUCCUUGAGUGAGGGCCACCCUGCAGCCCAGCAUGAGAAAAUUCUCUGUGACAGCUGGUGUAUUGAGGCUGCAGCUCGGAUCCAGGAGACUAUGGCUGCUCUGCAGAAUGACCCUCACCAACAGGAGCUCUUCCGUAACUUCAAAAGCAUCUCCAAGGCCUUGGUGGAACGAGGUGGCAUGGUCACCAGCAACCCCCUUGGCGUCUAAAUACUUCUGACCAGUACCUGGCCAGGUUAUGUGCCUUCUCUCAAGCCAAAGCCCAGGCCUCCUUCCAGGGGACAGUGGAUCCCCCUGAAGGGGGCUUUGUGAUCCCAGGACUCUCAGGAGCAGAGA